CUCCGUUGUUUUGAUGAGAAUAGACGCGUUGUUCAGGUGACCGACGAUUAGGGGAAAACCUGACCUGUUUUGACAUAUUAUCAGGCUAGGCAGCUCGUUAGUUGCUACUUUUUCUGAUCGAGUCGCUUAGAAAAAGGCGACUUGAUCUCGCUAAUACAAUUUGCUUUGUAAAAUCAGGUUGAAAGGGAUGCCGCUGCAGGCAGACUCCGACGGACGCAAACAGUCUCUGGAUUUAAUCUCAUCGCAUUUGAUCGGGAAGAGCAGCUUUUCUAUAAAUUUAAAAGGCCUCAGAAUAACUCCUUCUCGACCGAGUGCUUCUGAAAGAUGCAUAAGCUUGAGUGCGAAUUAAUAAGUCAGCUGUGAAGUGAAGACAAGAGCGUCAAUAGCCAGAAAGCUAACGGCUUACUUAGCUAACGUUAGCUGGUCAACGAUAAAGCGAGGGUCGCUAAUCUUUUGCGUCGCCUAGUGACCAGUUGGGUUAAGAAGACGAGUGUCUACCGCCUGCGGACUGGCUUUUGAACCAGUUUUUUUUCCCGUCUCUGUUGAAAAUACUGUUCGACAGCAAUGAAACUGUUGGAAAACUCCAGCUUUGAAGCUCUCAGCUCCCGGCUGUGUGUUGAAACAGGGGAGUCUCGCAUCCUUGGAAGGAUUGAGAGCUACUCCUGCAAGAUGGCAGGGGAUGACAAACACAUGUUCAAGCAGUUCUGCCAGGAGGGGGAGCCACACAUCCUGGAGGCUCUUUCUCCCCCUCAGUCCACCAGCGCCACCAGCCCUUCACAACUGGGGAAGAGCAGUGAGGAUGGGGAAAACCCUCUGAGUGACAAGUGUUGCAGGAAGACUCUUUUCUACCUCAUCACCACGCUCAACGAGUCCUUCAGGCCGGACUAUGACUUCAGCGCGGCACGGGCCCAUGAGUUCAGCCGAGAACCGAGUCUUAACUGGGUGGCUAAUGCAGUGAACAGCAGCUUGUUCUCUGCUGUCGGAGAGGAGUUCAACUCUCUGGGGCCGGAGCUGUGGAACGCCAUCGAUCAGGAGAUUAACCUGCAAAGCUGUGACAUUUACAGCUACAACCCUGAUCUGGACUCAGACCCUUUUGGUGAAGAGGGGAGCCUCUGGUCCUUCAACUACUUCUUCUACAACAAGAAGCUCAAGAGGAUUGUAUUCUUCACAUGUCGCUCUGUCAGCGUCCUGAGCGGCUAUGGCCGUGACUGUCUCGACAAUGAGCUGGACAUGGAGCUGGAUGACGAAGAGGAAAUGGAUGGCUUCACUGAGGACAGGUGCCCCAGAGCUCUGUGUGUGUGAAUUUUCCCAGAUGACACGCCUCGGCCAAAGAAUAUCUAGGCUUUUCCUCCUCCCAUUCGUCACCCCAUCCAACCUUUUUCUUUUUUUUCUUGGUUUUGUUUUUGGGAUGUUGCUGCCUCAUCCAAAGCCACGUUCACACUUCUGACAUGCAUGUACGAAGUCUUCUCCUCUGCUGGCAGUGAACUCUGUACCGUGAGCUGGUGGACAUUCUGUAAAGACCCCCAUGGUAACUUUAAGCUCUUUCAUUCUCCAGUAUCUUUUGUUUUGUUUUUUUUUUUGGACCCAAAGCUCCAGGCCCAAGCAGAACACAUUAACAUACACUGGGCUUCUAUACCCAUGCCACAUUUCCAAAGAGACCACUUCAUGGACAAUUGAGAAGGAGGAGGUCUUGUUAUGGAUACGUGGCCCUGGGAAAAAAAGACUGCGACUAAGUUGAGUUUCUUGCAAAUGAUGUCAAAGAAGAGUCCAGGUAACACCAGCACCCAGAUAAGUACAGAUAAGUUUCUAAUUCCAACCCAGGACAGGCUGGGUCCACUUAAGAAUCCAGUUAAGACUAAUCAGCCGGAAACUUAUCUGUUGUUCGUUUGCUACGUUGUGCGUUGCUUUUUAUGUGUGACAGUGAUGUUACUGUGAGAACUUUUUUUUUUAGCACUGAGUUUGAAAUCUAAAAACGCUGCAUUUUUAACUGUUAAUGAAUCUUAUUACUGCGAACACUCGUAUUUGUUAGAGGGCACGGCCGAGGAAGCUAUUGGCACCUGGGUUGCAGCUUAGAAAACAUAUCAGCUUCUAUCAGAUGUUCACUAUUACCCAGUUCCAUGUUUUAUUUUCUGUCAUCUAGAUCCAGUAUUUUUUCUAUUGUCUCCCUAGCCUAUUCCUGAUUUACCCUCAUUUCAAAAUGUCCGUCUUGCCAGUGUUUUCUUUGCUCAUUACCUCAGUGCAAAGGCAUCAUUGAAAAGUGAAUGUAUAGUACAAUUUAGAGGGAAAAACACACAAAAUCUUAACAGAAAAAAGGCUGAUAUUUUCGGCAUUGUUUUUUUUUUUUUUUAGAAAUUGAGAAGAGUGGAUAGAAGUUCUGUGUCUUGACUGCUUUGUGCUUUGAUUGGCUGAUAUAUCGCAGAUGUGAAUAAACUGGUGUUUGACUCAG